GCAUGGUGGCUGUAUGGACAGUCUGACGGAACAGAGACUGACAUCUCCCAAUCUGCCGGCCCCCCAUCUGGAACACUACAGUGUUCUGCAUUGCACCAUGACCCUGGAUGUGCAAACUGUAGUCGUUUUUGCCGUGAUUGUAGUCCUCCUGCUUGUAAAUGUCAUACUCAUGUUUUUCCUGGGAACGCGCUGAAUGGAGUCCAGCCACCUGAGCUGUUUCGAACUCUCGCUUUGAUUUCAUCUCGAGAACCUCCAACAAAAGAA